GGUUUCCAUGGCUGCUUAUGUUGAUGAAGAAGAUGCUUGUGUUAACAUGAGUGGCUGUAAUAAAAAAUCAAAGCCAAAGUUUCUUUUCUUCCUCCUCUUUUGUACCCUUCUUUCUUCUUGCUUACUUCUUGCUCCCUUCCCAACCUCAACUCUCUCUCUCCUCUAUCCAUCAAGAGGUGAAGAAGAAACACUUUCUGAUGCAAAGACUUCCCUUUGUUCUUCUGUCUCAAAUGGAACAAUAUGUUGUGAUAGAAGCAGUAUUCGAUCGGAUGUAUGUAUCAUGAAAGGUGAUAUAAGAACGCAAUCUUCUUCCUUUUCUGUAUUUCUUUACACCUCCGAGAACUCCGGUGCCGGUAAACAGCCACUCCGGCGAGAAAAAAUCAGACCUUACACUCGGAAAUGGGAACCAUCCACCAUGGCCACCAUUGAUGAACUAACCCUUAUUUCCAAGAAAUCAAAUAGUUCUGCCACCGGUGAUCAGCAUAGCUGCGACGUGAAUCACGACGUUCCGGCGGUGUUCUUCUCCACCGGAGGUUACACCGGCAACGUUUACCACGAGUUCAACGAUGGUCUGAUUCCACUUUACAUCACGUCUCAAAAAUACAACAAAAAAGUUGUGUUUGUGAUUCUUGAAUACCAUGAUUGGUGGAUAACCAAAUACGGUAAUAUCCUUACUCAUCUUUCCGAUUACGAACCGAUCGAUUUUAAUGGUGAUAAAAGAACCCAUUGUUUCUCCGAAGCCAUUGUUGGAUUAAGAAUUCACGACGAACUCACCGUUGAUCCAUCGUUAACCGAAGGAAGCAAAUCGAUCAAGGAUUUUCGAGAUAUUUUAGACAAAGGGUAUCGGCCACGAAUCCAGGGUUUACUUCUUGAAGAACAAUCGAACAACCCGAUAAAACAGGUGGCCCGAUUGGAAAAACCAAAGCUUGUGAUCAUUUCAAGGAAUGGAUCUAGGGCCAUUUUGAAUGAAAACGUUUUGGUGAAAAUGGCGGAAAAGAUUGGGUUCACGGUGACGGUUCUCCGGCCACAGCGAACCACCGAAUUGGCGCGGAUUUAUCAAGCCCUUAACUCGAGCGAUGUCAUGUUAGGGGUCCACGGAGCUGCAAUGACCCAUUUUCUAUUCAUGAAACCGGGUUCGGUUUUCAUUCAAGUUGUACCUCUCGGCACGAACUGGGCUGCGGAAACAUAUUACGGUGAACCCGCGAAAAAGCUCGGUUUACGGUACAUCGGGUACGAAAUUCUUCCACGGGAAAGCUCGUUGUACGAGGAAUACGAAAGUAACGAUCCUGUUUUGCGAGAUCCGAAUAGCGUGAACGAUCGUGGGUGGGAAUUUACAAAAAAGAUAUAUCUUGAUCGGCAAAAAGUGCGGUUAAAUCUCGUGCGAUUUAGAAAACGUUUGGUUCGAUCGUAUAUUUAUACGAUGUCGAAAAGGAAUGGGAUGGAUGGGUCGCAGUGAAAUGAUGAAAAAUGUAACGUUUAACAAAAUUGAGGAUAGAAACGGUAACGUUUGUAUAAAUUUAGCGAAUGUAUAUGAUAUAUUGUAGGGAGAAAAGUUAAGAAAAGGCUUCAUAUU